UAGUUUUACUGCAGUUACGCCCCUUGGAACGGAUGCGGCUUCUCCUGUCUCUGAUUGGAAACAACUCAAAAUGCCUCUGAAACUUAUUCCAAAUGUCCUUUCACCAAACCUGUUGCAUGUGUUAGCAUCAAUGGGACAUGGUGAUGAACUAGUUCUGGCAGAUGCUAAUUUUCCAACAGCAUCAGUUUGCAAGUCUGGCCCAAUUGAAGUCAGAGCAGAUGGUAUAGACAUUCCUACAUUGAUGGACGCCAUUCUCCAGCUGUUGCCAUUGGAUACAUAUGUAGACCGCCCGAUAGCACUGAUGGACUUGGUGCCCAGUGAUAAACAGAGAGGACUACAAACGCCGGUGUGGGAAAAGUAUAUGACCAUUGCUAGAAAACACGAAGGCAAAACGAUUGACGUUCAGUUGGUGGAGAGAUUUGCAUUUUAUGAACGAGCCAAGAAAGCGUUUGCUGUUGUCCACACCGGAGAAACAGCCUUGUAUGGGAAUAUAAUUCUGAAGAAAGGUGUUGUGGCCUAAUGAUUUGGAAACAAGAAAUUGAUCUCACAGUUAGCAAGGACACAUAAAUAAAUCAGCCACAAUUAUCUCGGGGAUAUUUAUCUGUCAACAUUCCACUUCUCUGUGAUUUAAACAUUAUUUUUAUUGUGUCAUAAUUAUGAUAUUGAUAUACCUAAGAUUUUAAAUAGAUUUGUUAUAAUUGCCAAACAUAUAUGAUUUUGAUAACAAAUAUCACUGUGACAUAAUUUUGAUAUAAAUUUUAUUGUAACAAUGGUAUGAAUUCCAAGAAUUAUUACCAACAGAAUGCGAUUCUAAUUGGUAGCUUAUUGAUGUUUACAUAGCUGAUCACAAGGUAAUUGUAUUUUUGAUGGGGUGGUUUAUCUGUGCCAUUUGUAUGUUUAGGAAUAUAAAGUGUUGGCUGUCAAGUGUCAGUUAGUGGGAAUAGUGUAUUUCUAUUUUACAUCCAUGGGAAGAUUGUUUUGUUUAUUGUAUAGAUCCAUGCUGCUAUGCAGGGUAUUAACAGUAGGACAUACUUCUGUGACUAAUGUAUGUGUGUGUGAUGGAAGCAGUAUGUUUGGGUAUUUGAUUGACAUUCACUAUGCAAUACAUACAUGUAUAUAAGACACUUAAUACCUGUAUGUAUCAAUACAUACCUAUAUAAUACAUUUUGUACCA